UACAAUUACAUUUGUCAAAGCCAAGUGAGUCGCAUUUUUUGAAGUAUUUCGGUUUGCUUUUUACUUCCAGAAAAAUCAAUUUAAUUUUCUUUUAAUUGAUUUUAAUUUCACACAGUUUAUUGGGCCUUUGUUUUGCUCUCACUUUAUUUCCCAAUUGCCAACUUCGAUUUUUCUUCCACCACAGAUGUCGCGUAGUCGAAAACCGAUUGUCCGAGCAGCGAAUAAACGAUGAUAGCAUACGAAUGAUAAACGAGCGAGCGAGCCACGAAUAUGAGAUAAUGUUUGGUUCUCACUAUUGUAAAGAAUUCGGUGCUGAGUGCAUGUCCGCACGUCGGUUACGCGUAAACUUUUUCGAAAAUCUUUGAAAAUUGUGCUAAUUAAUGGCGUAGGAAAUUUUCAAAAAUAAAAAAAAUUAAUUUGUGCAAAAAGUGCAAGUGUAAAAUAUCAAAAUAUUAAAAAUUCACUUUCGACGUAAAUUGUUCAACCAAUUAAAGUGUUAAUGAUAAUCAAAUUGGGAAUGAGAGUGAGUGAAUUUCUUUAUAUGAAUGCGAAUGGGAAAUGAGGAAUAGUGGAAAGAGAAGAAAAAUAUUAAUAAGAAGAAGCAUAUUAUAGCAACAAAAGUGUGAGAUUCCGAAGAGAAGAAAUUUUAAAUUCAUUUGCGAAAGUGAAUGAAAUUAUUAAUUUGAGGUAAUUAAACAUGUGGAAAGUGUGAAAAUUCCAAUUAAUAAAAGAUACGUGAAGCAUCUUGCAAUAUUGUAUGAGUGAAUAAAUUGCGCAAAUAUUCUGCUGGCGUAAGGUGUGUGUACAAAUAUAUAAUACAACGAAAAAACGUAUCUUGAAGAUACCAAAAUAUGAAAUUAACUUAUUGGGGUCAUACAGCCAUAGAGCAAAGUGUUGCCGAAUUGGUAGUGUAUGUGUGUGUUUGUGUCAAUGUUUAAGGAGAAAGUGUGUGCUUACGUACAAUGCAUAUGCACAUAUGUAUAUAUGUACAAAACUAAAUGCAUCGCUAACUAAAGAGUACAUAAGGAAAAACAUAAACAGCUGCUACAUUGGUCAUUAGAGCAGAACAUACGUGCAAAUGUAACCGCUUCGUCACUUGCAAUCGUAUCGUCCUUGUGUGCACAUUCAUACAAACAUACCCACUAUACAUCUAAAUAGUGGUGCACCCCGCAGUGGGCAGGUGUUUCGCUGUUACUUAAUUAUUCAUCAGUGUCAUAAACUUAAAUAAAUUAUGUGCAUAUGCAGCUACACAUAAUCAUGCAUAAUUCAUAAUUUAUCAUUAAAACUUGUUUAUGCUUUGAAAGUGAAAACGAGAGAAUUUGAAAAAAAAAAAAUUUUAUAUAUACAUAUGUAAAAAUUGUCUUAUCAAGCACGAAGUGCAGUGCAAUAGCCCUUAAAAAUACUGCAUACCCCGCAGCCCUCAGAUGUGCGCAAAAGUUUCAAUGCACCCAACUGCGAAUAAAUUUAAAUGAAUAUACUACAACAAAUUAUCUGAACGUGUUGUGUACUACGAGCUAUUACGGUAUUUUGUGUAUACAAUUAGCACAACAUAAAAUAGCAUAAACGAAAAGCUAAACAAUUUCAUUCCAACAUACCGACGAAGAACAUACAUAUGUAUGAAUGCAUGUACAUACAAACGAAUAAGCAAUAGAAAUAAAUAUAAUACAUUGUGGUGCUCCAACCAGUUUGCGGCCGAGUAUUUGCAGCUCCCAAAGUCAAAAGCGUAAAAGCGUGAAAAUCCACAUAGAGUAUACUACAUAGGCACUGGUGUGAGUUACGAAGCCAAAGACACCAUAGCCGCAGCAUUUUUAGGUGUGUGUGCUCCACUCACCUACUUUCGCGCGUGUUGUUGCUAUUGUCAAUGGGUAGUUCUGACUCCCUCCGCCCCCCCACGACUCCCUUAGAGCGGUGAACGUCGUCGAGUUUGCUACUAUCAACAACCCACUAGCUCCCAACUAGCAACGUUGUUGUCGCGUGUUUCGUGGCUCUCCACGUACUUGGCAAUCGUAAUAUUCAUCAGUUUGGCUCUCGCGUUACGUUUCGUUAACUCUCGAAUCUGUCGGUUUGCACCGUAUCGUUGUCGUCGUCGUUGUCGUCUUCUUCUCCGGCGGUGUCAGUGCGUUAGCCAACAAGAAAAAAUAUGUACGUUUUUAAUUAAAUCAAAUACAGCAAAGUGUAAUUUGUGCUUGUCAACAUCGUUUCUUUCAUCGUAAAUUAUAAUCAAUAAUAAAUUAUUAACACGCUUAAUGAUAUAAUGAAAAUAAUAUAAAAUUAUUUAUGAAAUCAUUUAUGUAUGUAAAUAUUGAAAUUGAUUUUUAGCUUGUAAAGCUUCGUGUGUGUAAAGUUACAUGUGCACCACCUGCGUGCAAGUAUAAGUGUGUGUGCGCGCGUGUGUGUGUGCAUGUGAGUGAAAAAAGUGCGAGAUUCAUUGUCGUGUUUUAAUUCUCUGCAAUCCAAAAUUUUUUAUUGAUCGUCGAUGACAAAGAUGUGUUGUGUGCGUUCGUUUAUGAAAAUUGUGUAAAUCUCUCUGCCUGAUAUCAUAUUGCCAUCGUUGUUGCUGCAUCAUCCCUAAGCAAUUCGUUUGCGAUAUGCCUUUUGUGUUGGAAUAUGAGGAGCUUGACUUUUGAUUCAAAACAAAUAUUGCAUAAACAGAAAACCCUUUGUGUCGAUUUCCUUAAACGGUAAAAUUGUGCUUUUAGAAUGGCUGCCGCUAGUGCUGGACAACUAUUGCACCAGCAACAGCAGCAGCAGCAGCAACAGCAACAUCAACAAAUACAUCACUCACAACAACAACAACAACAACAACAACAGCAACACCAACAGCAAGAUUUAAAUGUGAUUUCACUGCGACAACCAUUUCAGCAAUCAAUGAAACACCAACAACAACAACAGCAACAGCAACACAAUGCGUUGACAUUGCAACAGCAAGCGGCGGCACAGCAGCAGCAACAGCAACAAAUGCAGCAGCAUAUGCAAAUGCAGUUGCAACAUUUAACAAAUGGGCAACAACAACAACAGCUGCUACAGCAGCAGCAACAGCAACAGCAACAACAACAACAACAACAACAACAACAACAACAAUUGCAGUUGCAACAGCAGCAACAACAAUUGCGUGCUACAAAAUUCAACACACGCACCGCUGCCAAUACGCAAAUGUUUGCGCAGCAACAGCAGACACAACAACAACAGCAGCAGCACUUGCAUGAGCAACAGCAGCAUCUACAGCAACAGCAACAGCAACACUUACAUAUGCAACGCCAACAACAGAAUGCGCCAAACGCAUUGCCAAUUGGCUUGGUAAAUGGUGGCCACAUAUUUGCUGCCGGCAGCAAUGCGACACGCGGCCAAACAAUGAAUAUUUAUCAACAACAACAACAGCAACAGCAACAGAAUAAUGUAGCCUUACAGCAGGGCCAACAACAACAAACACAAACACAGCCACAACAGCAUCCAAUGAAAGUGAGCAAUAAUGUGUUGGUGGCGCCACCCACAAUCGCCUCACGACAACAUAUUGCAUUGAGUAAUGCCACUACCACUUCCUCAGCUUCUGCUCCUGCUGCUGUUGGUCACAAUGUAAGCAGCGUUGGUGCUGCAGCUGCUGGCACCACGGCAACCACAACAAACUCAACCGUAGCACAACCGUGCGCUGCGAGUGUUACUAAUGCUAAUUUGGCACCAGGCUGGCGUAGGCAGGCCAAUGACGAUGAAAUCGUUUACAUAAGUCCAACCGGUGCAACGCUGCGUACACAAUUCGAAAUAAAGGAUUAUUUAUUGUCACCGGGUACCUGUAAAUGUGGUCUACCAUGUCCAUUGCGGCCGGAGUAUUUCUUCGAUUUUAAUGCUCAGGUUCCUAAUAUGCCACUGAAAAUGCCAACGCACGACGAAAAUGGCUGCAUCACCACUACAACCGCAAACACUAACACCAAUGCGAAUGCUAAUACACCCGCCUCAAUAGCGGCAACAGCGACGUCGAAUACAUAUCGUUCGACAUCAACAUCUGUUGCUACAAGCCAAGCCAUGGCGUCUACUGGCAAUGUGGUGGGUGAUGGUGAUGGACGUGAAGGAGCAGCCGCGACACAUGCGUCGUCAUCCUUAGCGCUGUUCUCAUCGCUGCCGUCGUCACAGUCGCAGUUGUCUUCGUCAGCGGCGUUGGGGUCGUUACCAUCAUCAUCAUCAUCAGCAUCCUUGGCAUGUUUGCAUCAGCAACGUUUGCUCGAAACGCGGCAAUUACAUGCACAGCCAGUGGAUGUGCUGUCGUCUUCGUCGUCGUCGUCUUCAUCGUCGUUGUCGUCGUCGUCAUACUCAUCGUCGUCCUCAUCAUCAACAGCGUUAGCGUCAGCUUCAAUGGCGACAACAAAAGACGCUAAGCGUGGCAAGUUGGCCAACAAUGUCGCCGCAACAUCGGCUGCAGCGCUCACUGCUACCAAUAUUGGCUCGAGUGCAGCAAAAGCAGCCAAUCCCAAUGUACAACAACAUCAAGCUAGUCAAAAUACAAAUAAAAUGAUGCCACCUGCUCAGGUGCAGUAUCAGCAGCUACAACAACAGCAGCAACAGCCAAAUGUGAUAAAGAAUGUAACAAACAAUGCAGGCAUCAAAAUAAUCCAACAGCCGCAGCACCACCAGCAUCAGCAGCAGCAGCAGCAGUCACAUAACUCUCUCGCCGCCGAAGACAACAAAAUGUGGCGUAAAGAUGCUGAACGUGUGCCGCCAUUGCCACAAGCAGCAACAACAACAACAACAGCUAUAACCACUAUUGCUGGUGAGGAUAACAAUGUGGUUACGCCCACGUGGACGACCGCAAACGGAGGCGUAAUUGGUGGAGGUGGCAGUUUGGGUGGUGUCUUGAGUCACCAACAAACCACUAAUCGUUACACGUUGAAACGUCCCCCCACUUCGCCAGUGAAGAAGCAGCAGCCAAAUUUUAAGGAUGAUCCCACUGGAUAUCUACAACAACAAACAGCAUUGUUGCACAGCUCAAUGAUGAAUGUGGCCAUGGACGAUGAAGACGACGAGGGCGAUGGCGAUGGCGAUGACAAUGGCGACGGCGACGGUGACGUCGACGGUGACGGUGACUGUGAGGCAGACGGUAAUGAUGACGACGACGAUGAUGAUGAUGAUGACGAGGAACAGGAAGAAGAAGAAGACGAAGAAGGAGACGACGAGCAGGAAACAGAUGCUUGCGGUGUUGAGGAUGAUGUAGAAAUGGCAGAGGAUAUGGAUGAGCCAGAGGACACGGAUGAAUAUGAAAGCGUGUCUGAGGAAGAUAAGGAGAUUAAGAUAAAGCACGUUGCAAGUGGCAGCAACAACAACAAUGGUGUUAGCAAUGGCAACUUUAAUGCCGCUCUGCAGCUGAAUGUGCAGCAGGAAAUGACAGCGUCAGGCGUGUGUGUGGAGAAAAAGACUCAGAGUAUUUAUGCCAAGAAGGUUUAUGUACAGAAUACCGGAGCAGCAAAUCACCAACAACAGGCGCAGCAGCAACAGCAGCAACCAGCACAGCAAGAUACCACUUUUUACAGACCUCAACAACAACAGCAACAGCAAAAGCAACAGCAACGCAAGUCCCAGUCAACAGGAGUACAACAUCAACAUCAACAGCAGCAACAACAACAACAACAAAUAAUUCUCUCAACCAAUUCAGUACUUAUGCAGCAACAGCAACAACUACAACAGACACAACUCCAGCAACAACAACUGAAACAAAUGCCAGUUGUCUCCAUCAAUGGCCAGCUUUUGGUGCCAACCUCAAUGGCUGCCGAUGGUGGCACGAACUACACGCUUGCUUUGAAACCACAGCAGCAACAACAACAAAUUCAGCUAAUACAACAGCCAAAUGUCAUUUUUCGGCAACAGACACAACCGCUGCAACAAAAGCCGUGUCUUGUGUCAACGGCACAGGAGUCCCCGGUAUCCUCAAGUACCGCCUAUACUUCGCGUGCAACUCCCGAAUCACAGCAACGUCACACGCCAAGACCGGAGCAGGUCGGCGCCAUUUCGACUAGCAAUGAGAGUCCAUUACCGUGCCCAUCCCCAGCCGACUCAGUGGAGUCGGGCAGCUCGCGAGCAUCUUCCAGUAAAAUGGCAGCGUCGCCAGCGCCCAUGCAGCAGCAAAAACAAGUCCAGCAGCAACAGCAGCAAGUCGUUUCUCAAGCGAACACCAGUCAAGUUAUACAAAUGCGCGUGCAACAGCAACAGCAACACCAACCACAGCAACACCAACCACAACCACAACAAAUACGCAUCAUACGUCAAGCAUCACAUCAACAACAACAGCAACAACAACAACCGCAACGCAUCGCCCUUGCACGGACUUCCAUAGCCGCCAGCCGCGCCAUAACAACAACAACGGCCACAACAACCACAGCAGCGGCCACCACAGCUGUCACUGUCACCGCUAGUCAACAGCAAUUGGAGACGCUUGGACCACCGCAGCACCAACCGCAAGGGCAUGCACAAAAGUUGCAAGCCACCGUACAGAAACCGACCAUUCCAGUGCACCUGCCCACAAGCCAAAUCAUUAUGACCUCCACCGGUCAGCUUAUUGUAAUGCCUACCAACGGCAAGCCGGCGGCACAGCUACAACAACAACAAGCGCAGGGUCAGCAACAACUGUUGAUUACCACCACCGCUAACAACAAUGGCGGCGCAGGCGCUGCCCAGGCAUCCACAGGCAAUGUCAUCAUACAACAACACCACCCACAGGGUCAACUGGAGGUUUUGGGUGGACAUCAGCAGCUUACCACUACCGCAAAUGGAAGUAUCAUACUACAAAAUGGCCAACAACAUCACCAGAGUAGCUAUAUUGUUGGCCAAGCAACGGCGGGCGGCGGCAGCACGACAACCACUGCCCAGUUGCAGCCAACCACAGUCAUACUGAACUCCGCCGGUCAAAAUAUAUUGACCACAAGCAAUGGCACUAAGGUGGCACUGGCGACCACCGCCAACACUGGCAACAUUAUUCAUCACGCUGGUGGCCAACAAAUAAUUGCUGGCAAUCAAUUGCUGACCACCACCCAAAACCCAGCCGCUGCCGCCACCGGACUGCUGCAUGGACAGCAGGCAGUCGUCUUGAAUACCCUACCCAAUGGUGGCUAUGUCAUACAACAACAACAGCAACCUGCUGCACAACAACAAUUCGCCACGCUGGAUGGGCAAGUGGUUAGUCAGAUUGUACAACAGGCAGAUGGCACCACGACCACCGCCUACCACGUUCAACAAACGCAACAACAGCCACAACCGAUUGCACAGGCACAGCAGCAGCAACAGCAGCAGCAGCACGCUCAGACGCAACGCAUUAUCAUCACUUCUCCGGAUAUGCAGAAGCGACGCGCCAAGAAGCGUAAGAACUCCACGGGAAGCACAUCGCCCACGAGCACGCCCACCAAUAGCCUCUCCCCACAAAUCUCUCCGACUAUACCCAACCAAACGACUAUAAUACAACAGCAAGCAGCAGCCGUUGCCGCUGCCGUACAACAACAACAGCCACAACCCCCACCACCGCCGCCGCCACAGGCGCAAGUAGUGCAAAUCGCUUCCGCCGCACCACAGUAUCAACAACAAUUCCAACUUAGUCCCGGCAUACAGGGCAUUGUGGUCAAUAAGCCAGCUGCUGCCACGACAGCACAGCCACAGCAAAUCAUCUUACAGAAUGGUCAAAUCAUACAACCAAUGAAUCUUAUUGGCCAGCAAUUAAUUGUGCCCACUGGCUUGGUGAUGGCUCCCGAUACCACACUAUUGCAAAUACAGAAUGUCGGUGCUUGUGGACCAAGCAUACUCACUACCACACCACAGGGCACAACAAUGAUGUUGCGCACACCCUCACCCCAAAACAAACAGUUCAUCUCGCCCACAGCUGCUGGGCAACAAUUCAUUGUUGGCAGCAAUGGGCAAUUGAGUCCAAUUGGACAAAUUUAUUCGACACCAAUGGGUUUGGUAAUGCCGACGGCGCAACAACAGACCGGCACAGCUACCUAUGUGCAACAGAACGCAACCAUACAAGUACAGCAGCAGCAGCAGCAACAGUCACAGCCGCAGGUGCAGUUACAACAGCACGUGUCGGCACAACAGCAUCAGCAGCAGCAGCAACAGCACCAACACGUCACCAUACAGCCGGCAACUGCCGCUAUGCAACAUCAGCAGCAACAGCUUCAACAACAGCAACAACAACAACAUGUUACAAUGUUAAGUUCGUCCGAACACAUUGUUAUGGAAUCGGCAACAUCGUCCUCCGCGACCACUACAUCAGCGUUAACCUCGUUAAGCCGCAAUGGUCAACGCUCGGCUGCAGCCAGUCCACCGGACACCACUACACACAGUCCACGUAGCCCUGAGCGGCCUCCAAGUCAUCGUAGUGGUGGCAGUGAUAUGGUGCAAUGUGUAUCCAGUUCGGAGCCGGACGGUGCUGCCUCACCGCAAAGUACUGACAGUCGCCAAUCUCCAUCGACUACGGAUGCUGAGAAAGGACUUGUCACGUCAAACGCAUAUCAAACCACAAAUAUUUACAAACCCUCAGAAGCGAAGAUACGGCGUGUGCAAACACCGCCACAGAGUGCUAGUGCUGGAGGUGGUGGCGUUAUGAACGCAGCAGCUGCUGCUGCUGCUGUGGGUGGAGGUGGAAGUGGAGGCGGUGGUUAUACAAUCGGCUCAGCUGCGACGUCAACAGCUUUGGGCACAACAUUUCAACUGCAACAACAGCAACAUCAUCUACAACAACAACAACAACAACAGCGUCAGCAGCUACUCCAGCACCAGCAUCAGCAACAGCAGCAACAGCAACAGCCAAUACAACAACAUCACUCACUACAUCAAGAUCUCGCAAUGAAACCAGAUUCGCACGAGUCACCGAGAAAUUCGCCAACGACUACAACCACGACAAUAACAACAACACCACCACCACCACCAUCAACACCAACACCAACAGCGUUACCACCGCCUGCAACAACAAUCGCAGCCAAUCGCAAAUCACCACAGAAGACACCAAACAAAUUGUUACGUGUACGCAAUACACGCACCGCACGCACCACCAAAGUCAUCAAUAUGACCGAAUCGGCUGACAGCACCGCAGCGGCAUUAACGGCAGCAACGGCGAGUACUGCACCAACAACACCGCCGUUUACUGCAACACAAACAUUCGCAAUUGGUGAAUUGAUUUGGGGUCCAUCACGUGGUUAUCCCGCUUGGCCGGGCAAAGUGGUACAAGUGGACAUGGACGAGCAGCAGCCGCAGACGGCGAAUGGUGAACCGGCCGUUUGGGUGCAGUGGUUUAGUGGUGGUGGCCGCAUUAUAACCGAACUGGUUGCAAUCACAUCGUUGCACAGUCUCUCCGAUGGUCUGGAGGCGCAUCAUAAGGCGCAGAAAGAUACUAGAAAGAGCCGAAAAUUAAAUUCACAACUUGAGCGCGCCAUACAAGAGGCAAUGACCGAAUUGGAUCGUAUUUCAGCUACUUCGACAACAACAAACACGACAACAAUUGCUAAUGCAACAGUCGACGGAAAUAAGCAAUUGCAGCAGGCGACAGCAACAUCGACAACAGCAACAACCACAACGGCACCACUAAACAACCAAAACCACAACAACAACAACAACAAUACGAACAGUCCAAAUCGCAACAAGCGCAACAACAGCAACAAUUCUAUGCAGCGUGCAGCCAACAACAACAACAACACAGCCACCGGCAUUGGUGGCUAUGCAAUUGUGCCAACAUCUGGUGGACCAACUCAUGCCAUAUCCACCACAAGUGCACAGAACAGCUUUACCGCACCGCCAACAACAGCAACAACGCCACGCAACAAGCCAAUACGUAUAGCACCAGCACCAGCGCCACAAAAUGGCUCGCCCAACAAAAACACAACGGGCGGAGCCACGUCAAUAGCGUUCAAUCAAGCCCAGCAACAACAACAACAACAGGCGACUACACAACAACUCUCGGCGUUGGGCAAAUGACACGGAGAGUCAUCAUGCGCACAGGUCUCAUGGUCCAUGCAAACCUAUACGCUCGUCAUACACAAUAAAUAGUCGAACGCCAACGAGCAGUUGAGUGUCUCGAAGGACGCUGAGUAGCGGAGUGUGGUGGACUGUAUAGAUUUGUGACUCAAGUGAGAACGGCCGACGGAUCAGUGGCUCUGGUGUGGCUUUGUGCGUUCGAUUCAAGAUGUUGCGAAGAAGAAGAAGUGGAAUUAUAAAUAUAUAAAACUUGAGUUUUGAUGCCGUUGCACGUUAACUGUCAAGGUGUGAAAUAGUAGAAUACGUUAGUAAAGGAAUUGAGAAAUAUAUUAUGGAAUAUCCAUAUACAUAUAUACUAUGCAUAUACAUAUUUAUAUGCGCUUUAUUUAGCGUUUAUUUGCACAUUCUACGCAUAAUGCGUAU